AUGGCUAAAAAUGUUGUGUUUUCAAGAUUAAGAAGGCUUGGGAAGAAUGAAAGGUUUGAUGAUGAUCUAUCAUCAUCUUGUGAUUCUGAUGAAGUCCAUGUAUUAGCCGUUGAUGACAGUUUUGUUGAUAGGAAAGUCAUUGAGAGAUUGCUCAAAAUCACUUCCUGUAAAGUUACAGUAGUGGAUAGUGGGAUGAGGGCUUUGCAGUUCUUAGGACUGGAUGAAGAACAAAGUUCUGUUGGUUUUGAUGGUUUAAAGGUAGAUCUGAUAAUCACAGAUUAUUGUAUGCCUGGAAUGACUGGCUAUGAAUUGCUGAAGAAACUUAAGGGUUCAUCUACAUUUAGAGAAAUUCCAGUUGUGAUCAUGUCAUCUGAAAAUAUUUUAACUCGUAUUGACAGAUGUUUGGAAGAAGGAGCUGAGGAUUUUAUAGUAAAGCCCGUCAAGUUAUCUGACGUAGAGCGUUUGAAGAACUACAUGUUUGGUGAAGGUCGGACGAAGAGUCAAGGCAGAGGAUCUAACAAGAGAAAGUUACAGGAGACAUCGUCUUCACCUUCUCCGACAUCCUCAACUUCACCAGAACCAUCUUCCGAUUUAUCAUCAAUUUCUUCACCAUCAACACCUCGAUCACCCACAUCUCUAGAUUCUCCUUCGAAACGAUACAAAACGAGCCAUCACGAUUAA